GUUUAAAAUGGCAGGAAACACUACAGCACAGAUCGAUGAUGCCAUCUACUCCAAAGGGAAAUGGAUCAAGGUACUGGACAACAAUUUCCAGCUAGACCUGGCAGUCUUCAAGUGCCAGAACCCAAUCAUUCCGGCCAUAAUGAAAGGUCACUAUCUCUGGCCUGCACUUCACAAUGCCAAACCAGUGCCAGAGAUAUACCUACAACAGUUCUGGGGGCACAUGCACACAGAUUCAUUGAAGGAUCGUUCCAAGAUCAAGACCAAGUUGAACGGCAUGCGGGUGAUUCUGACACCAUCCACUCUACGGACUACUCUAGCGCUGCCAGUACACGAUACGUAUGAUGCACUCCCAACCAUCCCCGAUCUGCUCAAAGACGUGGCAUCCCUUGGCUACACAUCACUACUGCCACAACUGUCAAAUUUCAACGGUGCAUACCUCCGUCACCCGUGGAAAAAUCUCUUCGGGCUAGUGAACAAGUGCCUGUCGCCGAAGCAUGCCGGAUUCGACAAAUGCAACAAGCAGAUCCUGCUCAUCUUCCAUGGCAUUGCCUUCAACAAGAACUACGACAUGGCACAGCUCUUCUUCUCAGAGCUAAUGGACCUGGUCAAGGCCAAAGAAAAGAAUAGGCCAGGUACCAUUCCGUACGCUAGGUGGCUUGGGUUGAUCAUCAACGACCUCAUGGCAGAGCAUUCAACAAUCCCAAAAUGCAGCUCCGAUCCACAUUUUAAAGCCCCAAAGCUGCAAUACUUCAAAGCGGACAAAAACCCGACCUAUGGUCUGAGGAUUCCUGGGUUUCUGCUCAACCUUGUGAGAUCUUCAAACCCAGCCAUUCAGCAAUACAAGGAAGCAAUCGAGAAGACCGUCCCUAUGGUUCAGCAAAACCCAGCUGGACCUACCCAAGGGACAAAGCCGAGUGAUGGUAAGGGUACUAAGAGAGCCCAAAAGCCACAGAAACCAGUGGCCGGUUUGCCCAAUGAAGGGAAGUCUGACGACUCUCUAGAGACGAGUCAGGCGGCUGAGGGCACCAAAGAAGACGCUGAGGAAACGGCCAGUGAAUCGUCUAGUGGAGCCCAAACAAACACUGACGACAAGGCUUCCGAGAGCGUGGGCACGGAGAGUGAAAAAUCGGACUCGGAUGAUGACGGUGAUGACAAUGAUAGUGAUGAUGUGGAGCUCACAUAUGCACUGAUUAGAAAAGGGAAGCUGCCCGUCGAAUCUCCAAAGAAGAGAAGAAUCACUGCUGAAGACGCAACACCAAUCAUAGCUCGCAGACCUCAAGUCUUCACCAUAAAAGAAACAGCUAAACCAAGAGCUGAUCCGAGCGAGACUAAUUGCUCAAAGGAUGAUUACGACGAGGCAGCUCACUCCAUCAAGACAUCAAUCAACCAGGAAGAAGUUGUCAUCCGAGAGACCAGGGCUAAGGUCAAAAAUGACAAAGUUGCUAAGACCAAGCCCCAGCCCCGAGCGAAAAAGAGUCUGUUUGAUAAGGCAGACGAGCACAUCUUUGCGGGCUGCGACUCCUUUAUCCAGAUAAGCCGAGCCGAAUCCCUAAGCACAGGAGCCGAUCUUUUCGGUUCCCGAGUAGAAGUCGCAGCAUCUGGCUCAACUGCGCAUGCACAGCCCUCUCCCAGCCACUCAAUUGCCUCUCAAAAGGCUAUUGUUUCAAAAGAACGGGACUCAACCCCCUCGCUGGUUCCUUCUGAAUCAGUUGAGCAUACUAUUGACCUAUCUCCCGAGGUCAAAACCCCUUCUUCUCUCACAUCGAGUCUAGAUGUCACAUUUCCCACAUUUUCUUCCUUUUCUAGGACACCUACACUAUUCACUGCACAUACAGGUGCACUCACCCUGAACGCAACAACCAGAGCGCAAGCUAUGAUGGUUGGAAGCCCUGCUACGCCCAUAAUGAUUCCAUCAUUAAAUGCAGGCCACACAUCAGCAAUCUUCACUGAUGCUGUGUCAACAGUUACAACCCCCGUAACUGGUCACCCUACCUUUGAAGACGUAAACGUUCUACUAAAUCGCUUCCUAGAUUCCGCCAUUAAACCAUGGGUGCAAGAUGCAAUGACCGCUCUAGCACAGGAAUUUAGGACCACCCAAACGGUUCGGUCUGAACAGACACCACCCCAACCUUCUCCUGAACCGUUCAUCUCCCAUACACAACCCAUAUCCUCCACCCCUCUAUCCCACCAAUCCAUCAACCAAAUUCCUAUCCCUUCUAUUUCUAGGGGAACCCAGAAUACAGAACCAGUAUUCUCCCCACACCCGACCACACCCUCCAUCGAUCUCUCCUCCCUAUCCUUUGACACCCUAGCUUCGGCUUUGCUGAAUAACCUCUUAAAUACCCCAGAAGACGACCUCACUCUUCAUCAGCAAGCCAUACUAGAAGCUCUUCUUUCCUCACCCGAAACCAAGAGUACUUGCAAUGAGAGUCUUCGUGGUCGCAAACGUUCCCAUGAGGACCCCGAUGAUUCGGAUCCUCAUGAGGGGGAGAACAAGCGACCUCGAUCACUUGAGCAAACUGCUCUACCAAGCCAAACUCCACAGCUAAUUCAACCUGAAACCUCAACAAACCAACAGCCACCAUCCACAGCCAAACUCUCUAGCGUGGUCGAGCUAGAAAUAACAUCCCGAGGCGUAUCUCCUAGAGAUACCAACCGAGGAGGGGAUGGAAGUCCUGAUGAUGAUACCACUGGUACAUCUUCUCCAUCAGGCCAUCAGUUGGAACCCAGUUCUGAGCUGAUGUCAACGGGCAAUCCUAGUGAACCCGGUAGUGCUACACAGGAACAAUCACCGCCUAAACAAAGAACUCCAUACAUCUCCCCAGGCAAAUAUAUCCAUGAUGCACUGGAAGAGGCGGUGAUAUACGACAAAUGGCCGAGAAAAUGGACAGAAUGGGAUGAUCUCCGGGUUGAAGCCAAGCAAGAAGACAUGCAAAGAAACUGGUGGCUACGAGAGCUUAUUAACAAAUGCUCUGAAGAUAUCAUUAGGCUCGAGGACGAUGAACGCAAGGAAGGGGAGAACUACAAGGAAUCCCAGAAAGCUCUUGAAUCGGUCGUAAGACAAUCAGUGGGAAGACUUCCCAAGAUAGAGAAACCCUGGGACAACGUUCGAAUCAAAGCCCCCUUCCAAGAAGAAAUCAGAGAGCAUAUCUGGCGUAGACCAGACAAAGUCAAGCCACUGAACGAACUGAAGCUAAGAGGCCUUACUCACUUGAAAGGAAAGCAGGCUGGAGGUCAUCUGCAUAUGUUGCUGCAAAGGUCAACUGGUACACAGAGAGAACUGAUGGAACAAGAUCUGAAGUCGAAUAUUCUCCCGAUCCAUCAAAUUCUACAAGUGAAGGCUGAAGACUAUCAUGGAGUAACAUUCUACACCUUCAGACUUCAACGCACCGAUGGGAGCGAAUUCACUUGUCAAGAGAACGACUUCAUAAUGCUGAAACCGGAUGACAUCUACCAAAUGCUCAUGGCCUACAGAUACCUUCCAGUCAGGCAGAACAUAGUAUACAGCGAAUGCCUCGCAGCUAUCAAGAGAUUCAUGCUUAGACAAAUCAGAGUACACUCUUCACAUGACCUACAGAUGGCUAUUGAAUGCAAUUUGAAGAAGACAAAUCUGACAAAGCCAAAACUGUAUGGUCCAGAACUUGAAGAUUUCCCAGCCUACCACAUCUUCUUCAAACCGCCAGCAGUCACCUAUCUGAACCACAAGAACGAAAAGCGUCUGAUGGUAGUCAGUGAAAUCGAGAAGUACUGCGACGGAACACUGAAGAUAAUCAGAGAGCAGAUUCUACAGAUGAAGGCAAAGCUGGAAGAAAAUCUUCAAGAGGCAUCGUCUAAUGUUCAAAAGGAACACUCUACUGUAGAGACAAUUUUAAAGGCCAUUGACGAUCGCCUCGAAAAGAGAAAUAUGCUAAGACAGUAUGAACAUGCACUUGGAUUGAGAAAGCACUACUUCAAAUCACAGAAGCAAUAAGAGAAUGGCACUUGAUCACAAAGGGGGAGAUUGUUGGAGAUAUUUUAUUGUGAAUCAAGUUGGUCAUAGAUUAGCUUUAUAUUUAAUCCUUGUAUUUAAAUAGUGCAUAAAUUAGAUAGGAAUCAGGCCAAGUGUUAGGCCCAUUUAAAAAGGCCAAAAGCCUGGUACGCCUAACCUAAACCUCGCCUAUAAAAAGGGAGCCGAGGUUUAGGAAAAGGUUGAACGUCGUACUUAUUAUUCAUAGCCUUACGCUUAUAUCAUUCUGCUGUACGUUCCAGGGUUUAUCAAAGAAGGUUUUACGGUGAUUCAUUCUGUGUUCAUCUUUACGUUUAAUCUUCCUUGUUAGAUCGAUUAUUCAUUGCUGUUACAGAAACAGGGACUUAC